AUGGGGCAGAAACUUUGUUGUGUUCAGGUGGAUCAGUCCACUGUUGCUGUUAAGGAACAAUUUGGGAGAUUUGAUGACAUACUUAAUCCAGGGUGUCACUGUUUACCUUGGUGUUUAGGUUGCAAAUUAGCUGGAACUUUAUCUCUUCGUGUACAGCAGAUUGACGUUCGCUGCGAAACUAAAACGAAGGAUAAUGUUUUUGUGACGGUUGUUGCAUCUAUUCAAUAUCAUGCUUUGGCAGACAAAGCUUCUGAUGCUUUCUACAAACUCAGUAAUACUAAAGAACAAAUUCAGGCCUAUGUUUUUGAUGUUAUUAGAGCUAGCGUUCCAAAGAUGGAAUUGGAUUCUGCAUUUGAACAGAAGAAUGAGAUAGCUGAAUCUGUUGAAAGAGAACUUGCCAAGGCUAUGUCUGCUUACGGGUACGAAAUUGUCCAAACUCUAAUUGUCGAUAUUGAGCCAGAUGCACAGGUGAAGAGGGCAAUGAACGAGAUAAAUGCAGGUGAGUAUUCACGCUUGUUAUUGAUAAUUGAUUUUAUUGCUGCUAGACUUAGGGUGGCUGCGACUGAAAAGGCAGAAGCAGAGAAAAUACUGCAAAUAAAACGAGCUGAAGGAGAAGCAGAAUCGAAGUACUUAUCUGGACUCGGUAUCGCUAGGCAGAGACAAGCCAUCGUUGACGGUCUUAGAGAUAGUGUGGUUGCAUUCUCCGAGAAUGUUCCUGGUACAACCGCUAAAGACGUGAUGGACAUGGUUCUUGUGACACAAUAUUUUGACACAAUGAAAGAGAUCGGAGCUUCUUCUAAAUCUAAGGCUGUUUUCAUUCCACAUGGACCCGGGGCAGUUAGGGAUAUUGCUUCGCAGAUUCGGGAUGGACUUCUUCAGGGUCAAAAUGCUCAGAUUUGAAGAUGUCAAACAUAAUUUCUAUGGAUUUAAGUUUUUGAUAGUAUUUUGUGAUCAAAUUAUUAUUGGAGUUGUUUUUAAACCUUGAAAUAUAGUGCAAAAAUGGUGUUUAUGGUGUUUUUGUUAAGAAAUAUUUGUUUUGACUGCAUUUAUCUUGUGUGAUUGUAGCACUUUGUUAAAAUUUCUUUCAUUCAUACUUCAUUUAAGAUUUUUGUUUCUUUCUUU